GUUUCAUGUUGAAGGCAGAUAACUGGAUUUUUCCUGUUCCUGCAGCCUGCAUUACAUAAGAGAUGAAGAGUGAGGAGAAGGAGCAGACAGCCGUGCCGCUCCUCAACUCUUACAAAUCCUGUAUAUGGACAAAGCAGAACAGAGGUUGGAUGUUCCGGUUCUGUUGUUGUGGAAAUCUGGGUGCAGCUCUUAGGUGGCUGGGUGAAAUCGGUCACUGAGAGCAGUGUCUGCCGCUCUCCCUCACAUCCUCCUGGUUUGGCUGUUUGGUCAUGGCGAGCUCCUUAAUCAGUCGUCAGGUUGCUCUCUGCUUGCAGAAGAACGUAUGGCUGAGCUCUGCAGGGUGCAGGUAUGUCAGUAAGGCAGCAGCAAAGACACAGGUGGACUACGACUAUGACGGGCCCUUAAUGAAAACUACAGUCCCUGGGCCACGAUCACAAGAGCUGACAAAACAACUGGGAGACAUUCAGAAUGUUGGUGCAGUCAACUUCUUUUGUAAUUAUGAAGAUAGCAGAGGAAACUACUUGGUGGACGUGGAUGGCAAUCGCAUGCUGGAUAUCUACACUCAGAUCUCCUCCAUUCCUAUUGGCUACAACCAUCCUGCUCUGCUCAAGAUGAUGACCAAUCCCAACAAUCUGAGCACAUUUGUGAACCGACCUGCGCUUGGAAUCCUGCCGCCUGAGAAUUUUCCAGACAAAUCACUGAAAGUCUUUCUCAGUUAG